CCCUGUUAUUUUAUUCAAAUGAUUAUAUGAUAAUGUUUUCAAGUUCAUUAGUCUUAUUUCAACGCUCCAAAUAUAUUCUAAGAGGUUGUCAAUUCUCAGUGAUCUAUACAUAAAAAGGGUUACAUGUAAAUGUCAUUUGAUUUGUAUUACUAAUCUUUGAGAACCAUUUUUGUAUAGAUCAAAGAGAUGGGUUUCAACGACCCUUCGUUAAACUCAAUCAUCCUUUGGUUUGCCGCCGUAACGUCUCCCUUAAUUAUCUCCGUUAUCUUCAUCUUUUUAUGCAUGUGUUUUCUCAAACGCCGUAGGUUUGUGGAUGCAUUACCGGAAACAGAAGACGACCACCACCACAGAAGAGAAACACCGUGCCAAGGGCUUAGCGCUUCUGUGAUUGCCGCCUUUCUGACCUUUUCUUACAAACCGGACAAUAAUGAUACCGAGAGCAACAAUCAAGAGAUAGAAUGUCCGGUUUGCUUAAGGUUAAUCCCUAAGAAUGUCGUUAUUAAGGUUUUACCAAAUUGUAAGCACAUGUUUGAUGAGGACUGUAUUGGUAGGUGGCUCGAAACUCACGUAACUUGUCCUGUGUGUCGUAGAAUGGCUGAGCCCAUGGCUAGCACUGGGGACAAGGUCUUAGAAAGUAUAGUAUAGUUGAUGGUCUUAAUUAUAUAUGUUAAUCUAUAUAGUUUUCCUUUUUGUUAGUUGUAAUAUAUAUGAAUGAUAUGGAAAUUUACAAAUGAUAUAACUCAACAUGCGCAGCUUUGAGUCAUAGUACUUGAAUUUCGAUCAAGUGAAAGACCCAAUUUUGAUUUAGGUCGUGAAGUUUUUUUUUUUUUUUUUUUUUUUUUGGUCAAAGGUCGUGAAGUUAUGUAUAGCUCGUUCUUCCAUUCGUUAUACAAACUCUGUACUACUAUCUCAGAUGGAUAACUAUAACAAUGUCAAAGCCAACAAGAAAUGGUGGUAUGUUUAGAAUUUUCUUCAUUCUCUUCACAGACACGUUUCAGUUUUGAUUAUUAUUCAGUUAUGUCUGUUGUUAAACAGUGUUUGGGCUUUAAUUAUAUAAAUAUAUGCUUUAUUCAUCAAUAUCAUUUACAUACUCGACGUAGAAAUGUGUGAUGAUGGUCACCUUAUCUUAUUAAAUAUAGUCAAAUCUUCUGAAACCUAUGCAGCUAGUGACAACGAUCUGCACUAAAGAUACUAAAUAUAAUUGUAAUAAUCACAUUAAUAGUUGCAUUGACUAUAUAGUAUUGAUCCUGGUUGGCUGAUUAGCAUAAAUUUAGUUAUCAUUUCCGGAUCAGAGUGCUUGCAUGGGACCAUGUGACAUAAUGAUAAAUAUCAGUUACAAAUAGAGAAAAUUAACAUACAACUCUAUGGUAGAUGUUUGGGUAAACAGUAAAUUUUUGAUAUAAUAGUGCCAUCUAACUCCACUUUAGUACGAGACCGUGACAUUUUCUCCCAGACAAUGCGAAAGCUAGCGUUUGACCAACAAGACGACUUUGAUGAGAAUAUGCAACGCAGAAGCAAGAAGACUUUGUAUAGCUUCAUACCUAAGAAGGUAACCUACUAAUGAUAGGAGAAAUGUAGACCGAGAACAAAGAGCCUGCGAGGUACAUGAAUUUGCAGCUGAUCAUGGAAUCCAAUCUCAGCCUAUGUAAAUUCACAAGAUCAUCUUUUUCCUAUGAAAUUGUGGAUUUAUUUAACUGAGUUCGAAGAAGAUCAAACAAACGUGCCAUGUAAGUAAUCUUUGGAUGCAGAAGACAUGCUGGCAGCCAUGAGUAAAACAAGUUAGGUCAUUAACGCUUGAACUUUUGUUUUGAUUUGAUGAGAAAAAUAAAAGAAAUUCUAAUUCUGUAUUCUCCAUCGCGAAUAAAGAAAGACACAUAGACUUUCUCCCUAAACCAAAACACUCCUACUGACACAGAAAAUACAAAAAAAAAGAGAAACAUAGUCAUGGAAUCAUCUCAUGGGAGCUUACUAAU